UUUUGUCUUCACGUCCAUUGUUCACUUGCCGGUCUUCGUUGGUCUUCCUCUUUAUGAAGCAGCAGCAGACAGCGAGGUCAUCCUUUGCCCUCCUCCCCCCUCGACCCUUCGCCAUGGUCAAGCGGGUGUGUCCAGCCGGCCAGACAUGGAGUACCUUACUGGACUACUGUACUUUGCGCAGACCCGAAGACCAGCAACCUCACCCAGGACCCCCGCGGCCGCCCGCUGCCAAGCCAACCGCUGCAAAACCAACAGCUGCCGAGCCGACCUACGUAACGUCCGGUGUGGUGACGGCUCCCUGGACCAAGGGUUCCGGCAUGUGGACCGGCCCUGCGGCGGGCCCCUACCUGUGGGGCGCGGUGGCGGUGGUGGCCACCGGCUCCAUCCUGGCCCUGGUGCUCUGGUUCCUCAUCUACAGACAGCACCGUAACCGUGGCAACUGGGCCCCUCCGCCCGCUCUCCAAGACACAGACAAGACGGACCCCCUGCCCCUGGCCCCGGGGUCUUACCCAGCAGAGCCCCUCCGGAAGGACCCGGAACCCUCAGGCCCCCACUGCAAUGGUGUGUACAUGACCGACAUCACUCCCUGCAUGGCCGGGCAGAACGACAUCACUUCCUGCAUGGUCGGGCAGAACGACAUCACUUCCUGCAUGGCCGGGCAGAAUGACAUCACUUCCUGCAUGGCCGGGCAGAAUAACCACACUUGGGGGAGUCCCCGGGUGACCUGGGUUGGGGAGACUGGCAGGAAGCACCGCGUUCCACUUCCUGCCACCGAGCUGGGAGACACCACCCUGGUGACGGCAAAGACCGGCAGAGACCAGUACAGCCCAGUAUAGACUUUAAGAGACCACUGUACAACAGUAUAGACCCAUAGAGACCAGUACAGCCCAGUAUAGACUUAAGAGACCACUGUACAACAGUAGAGACCCGUAGAGACCAGUACAGCCCAGUAUAGACUUAAGAGACCACUGUACAACAGUAUGGACCAGUAGAGACCAGUACAGCCCAGUAUAGACUUAAGAGACCACUGUACAACAGUAGAGACCAGUACAGCCCAGUAUAGACUUAAGAGACCACUCUACAACAGUAGAGACCAGUAUGGACCUGUUAACACCAUGCAGCCUUGUAGAGACCACUUAAACCAUUUAGAGACCAGGAGAGGCCGAUAGUGAACACUGAACACCAGUAAAUCCAGUAGAGACCAUUAACGGCCAGUAGAGGCUAGAUUUGAACCGUCAAGAUGCCCUCACAACCACUAACAACCCCUAACAAUCCUCCAACAAACAGAGAAUGCAUGACAGCGGUGGUGAGGUUGGUAAUCCCCUCCAAUUAUCACCCAGCAUGAGGGUCAAUGGUUUAUUCUGCUUCAACGUUUACCGACAAUGAUUCGAUUUGAGUUAUUUUCAACUGUGACGCUACAGCUUUUUUAUCGACUCAAUCAGCUGAAAUGAGAAUAUUAUUCCGCUGUGCUUGGAGCAUAUUGUUUCCUGUCGAUCGCUGUAAUUGAGUAUUGUUGUUAAUCUUGAAUUAAAAUCGCAUUGAUUAAAAAUCCUUUUGAAUAUGCAUAAACUAUUUAAUUUUCUUCACAAUACAAAAUAAACAUGCUAUGACUAAACGGUUCCAAACAUGACAUUGCAGACACAACACAAACCAAGACACACGUGACCAUUGUGGAAGUGAUCCUUUGAAGAGAAAUAUUCUCCGGUCAUCAAUACAUCACCAAUAGUUACAUCAAUAUAAACAUACUUAAUCUAUAUCAAUUAACAGCACUAGGAACCAAAAGAGUAUGACCCUCUCUCUAUACCUAAACAUAUUUACACAGUAAACAUUUUUAUCUCUAACACAAGUAUUGCAUAAAUAUUCUCCU